AUCAUCUUCUUCAUUAGUCUCUCUCUCACUCUCUCGAUAUUCUCUAACAUGGAGAAAAGAAUGAAGCUCCGGGUUUCAAGAAUAGUCCGGUCAUCUUUAAGCUCUUGCCGACCACGAGAUCUAUACGACGUCGUUGAGACUUGUGCUGUUACAAGUCAAGCAACGUCUUCCGAGAGGUUCUUCGUUACCGAAGCCAAAACCAAAACUCCACGACCAAAGACGACUUAUGCUUCUUCUUGCCCUCGUGCGUCACCGAUAUUCCCACCAAACCCUUUCUACGAAGAGAGCCGUUCAUUUCGAGAUUUGAGGAAGAAGGUUAAGACAAACCGGAAGCAGAGAUCGCAGUUUGGUUCUGAUCCUCUCUUUGCUUCACGUUUUAAGUCAACCGGGUCUUGGUACUGGUCUUGUAGCGAGGAAGAAGACGAAGGAGACAAAGAAGAAAGUGAAGAUGAUUCUGAUACUCUCUUUUCUUCUAGAAGCUUCUCCUCCGACUCGUCGAAGGCGGAGAGUUUUGCGGUGGUGAAGAAGUCCAAGGAUCCGUACGAAGAUUUCAGGACGUCAAUGGUGGAGAUGAUUGUUGAGAGACAGAUAUUUGCAGCGGCUGAGCUACAACAGCUUCUUCAGUGUUUUUUGUCGUUAAACUCUCGUCAACACCACAAAGUUAUUGUCCAAGUGUUCUUAGAAAUUUAUGCUACCUUGUUCUCUCCCUAAUUUCUCUAUCUACCUUUUAACAUCUUUUGUAAAAGUACUAUGUUGAAUCUUGAAUCUUGCUUUAGUGUUUGGUUCUUUUUUCGACCUAGAUUCUUUUCUCUUUUUUCAGAUUAUCUUUGUCUUACCUUUCUCUGUACUUUUGUUUUCAUGAACCAAAUUGAGUUAACUCCAAAUAAAAUUGCAAUAACAAU